CUCGCGAGAAUAUGGGUUCAUCAGAGGGGUGGCUUUUCUAAGUCUUGUUUUGAGUUAUUUUUUCACCGAUUUUACAUCGUUUACUUGACGUCAACUUCGAGUUAAUUUGUCCGUCUGUUUAUCAUAAGAGUUAAAACGUCGAUCCAGAACUUGAUUUUGUGAUCGCAGUAGUUUUAUCGUCAGAGAUGAGAAUGUAUCCAUAGCGGAGGACGCACAUCCAGCUAACUGUAAAAGCUAACUGUCCUAACAAGCAUUCUGUUAUCCACGUAUUUCAGGCAUUAACAGCCAUUCAAAUCUAAAAAUGGGUUCAAUACUUAGCCGGAGAAUUGCUGGAGUUGAGGACAUCGAUAUUCAAGCCAAUUCUGCGUACCGAUAUCCCCCCAAAUCAGGAAAUUAUUUCACCAGUCAUUUUUUCAUGGGAGGAGAAAAGUUUGACACACCCCACCCUGAGGGAUACCUUUUUGGAGAAAAUAUGGAUUUGAAUUUCCUAGGCAACAGACCUGUGCAGUUUCCCUAUGUGACCCCUGCAACGCAUGAGCCUGUGAAGACAUUAAGGAGUUUGGUGAACAUCAGGAAGGAUUCUUUACGUCUUGUCAGGUAUAAGGAUGAUUCUGACAGUGCACCAGAGGACACAGGAGAUCCAAAAGUCCUUUACAGUGUUGAAUUUUGCUUUGAUACUGAUGCCAGAGUGGCUAUUACACUAUACUGCCAGGCCUUUGAGGAGUUUGCCAAUGGGAUGGCAAUAUACAGCCCCAAGAGCCCUUCAAUGGUGUCUGAGACGGUCCAUUAUAAGAGAGGGAUAAAUCAACAAUUUUCUCUGCCAUCCUUUAAGAUUGAUUUCACCAAAUGGAAGCCUGAAGAGCUGAAUUUUGACCUGGACAGAGGUGUUUUCCCUUUGGUGGUCCAGGCUAUAGUGGAUGAUGGAGAUGAUGUCACAGGACAUGCACAUGUCCUUUUGGCAGCUUUUGAAAGGCAUGUUGAUUGCAGUUUCUCAGUAAAGCCUUUGAAACAGAAGCAAAUAGUGGACCGUGUCAGCUAUCUGCUACAGGAAAUUUAUGGCAUUGAAAACAGGAACAAUCAAGAGACAAAGUCCACAGAGGAUGAGAACAGUGACAAUAGCAGCGAGUGUGUGGUCUGUUUAUCAGACCUGCGUGAUACACUCAUUCUCCCUUGCAGGCACCUGUGUCUGUGCAAUGCCUGUGCUGACACACUACGUUACCAGGCCAACAACUGCCCUAUCUGCAGACUGCCGUUCAGAGCCCUGCUUCAGAUCCGAGCUGUUAGAAAGAAAACGGCAGCCACUCUCUCCCCGGUUUCCUUUAGCCCAGUGCUGUCCCAGAGCUCGGACCAUACUGAGCAUUCGAAUGCCGACAACAUCCCUCCUGGCUACGAGCCAAUCUCCCUUCUGGAGGCCCUGAACGGAGUGCAGCCUAUGUCCCCUUCAAUCCCAUCAGUGCCUCUCUAUGAGGAGAUUCAGUUUUCUGGAGAGAUGGGAGAUCCCCUCAACCUGACAGGUCUUCAGCAGAGCGUAGAAACCGCGUCAAUGAAGGGCAAAGGCAGCAAGUCACCAGAUGGGUCUACACGUUCUCCCUCAUCCCCCAUACAAGAGGAGGAAGAUGAGGAGAGGCUGUCGGAGCUAUCUGAUGCCCAGCCUCGGUCUGUUCUGCCCUGCAGCCUCACUCCUACUGAGGAGACAAUAGAGGGUGUGUCCGCUAAGCCUGGCUUCCCAAAUUCAGGUUCAGAGAGCAGAUCGUUGGAUGUGUCAGUGAGUGAAAUCCUGCAGGACUGCCAGAGUGAGCGCAGUAGCCUGAGCCGGACAGAAAGUGACCCCUCAGCCGAUCUGGCCCUGCCUGCGUCUGAGUCAUGGUCCACUGCUGUAGAGGAAUGUUGAUUCUGGGUCAUCAGAGUCCAUUGAAAGCCUGAAGAGUCAGAGCACCAGCAGCUCCAGUCACCCCCUGCUCUGCCUCCCCAGCACCCUGCACAUUGAAGAUGAGCAUCUCACGCCAUAAUAGCCGCUGAUUUCGUCAGAGAUGCUCUCUCUUUAUCCCACUACAAAAAUCAAACCAUUUCAAUCCCAACAGAUAUUGUUCCAUGAAUGCUACUUUGUCUCAAUCAAGAUUAUAAGCAUCGCAAUCAAAAUCUUAUGUUGAAGCAUCCAAAACAUUUGUCUUGAAGUAAAUAUUUGUAAAUUAAACACUACAUGGAAAUUUAGCUUACUAAAAAACAAACAAAACAAAAAACCAACAAGACGAGAGGUUUAUAAGACUGUAAUAACUUUUACCUUCACUGCCCUGUCUACUUCUUUUUGAAGUAUGCAGCUUCAUGGUGGUUUAUGUCUAUGUACUUGAUGUGUUUUAUUGUCUUGUAUAAUCAGCAAAUGAACACUAAGUGCAUCAGAUAAUCAGAUUGCAAUCCGAUACAGACACAUAAUAUAAUCAUAUACUUAUCCAGCUAAAGUAAUUAUAUAUGUCUUUAUUUUAUAUAUUUGUUUUGUGCCUUACAGUAGUGUGUGGCUGUCCCUUCCUCCUCCCUUUGAAACAUACAAGAUGGGAAGCUGUAGCACUUAAAGCUUUAAUAAGUAGUUCCUAGAUGGAUUUGCCAUCAUUUAAUGUGACAUAUCUGAUGCUUUUUAGUGAAUUCACUGCUGCUUCUCUGUCAAGCACCUUUAAAUGUAAAGUAUAUUUGUAUGUUGUUAAAUUGUUUUAUCAUAAAGUGUUGUGCACUAAUAUGGGUCACUGGUUAUU